AUUCCCAACAUUUCUCAAAAAUACCGAAGCACUAAAACAUCUUUCAGUAACGAACACCUAAACCUUGCAAACAACUUAAACCUUAAUCGUCUCGCGCGUUUUUACUUUCUUUGUUUUUUUGUUUUGUCAGUGCUCUGUUUAGAUCCAAAAAAAAAUAUGAUUGAAAGUAAGGACCCUGCAAUUAAGCUCUUCGGCCAGAAUAUUCCCUUUUCUGGGGAAGCUGAAGCUCUUACCAUCACCGGCAAUCAAACUGCAUCGCCGACGAUAAUGGAUGUAGAACAAGAAGAAAGAGAUUUUGAUGAAUCAACGAAUGAAGAUGAAGAGAAAGACAAGGAACAUGAAGCAGAAAAAGAUACCGAGAAAAAGAAAGAGACUGAUCCUCCUCCAAACAACGCAGAGACCAAGAACAACAAUUCCGCAACAACAUUGGCUAAAGAUAUUCACAAUACAAAGAGACUGUCAAUAGAUGAAGAAACUUCCAUAUCAGAGAAUGAUCAAACUGAUGCAGCAACAACUAACCACAACAGUCAAGAGAAAAUACUUAAAAAGCCCGACAAAAUACUCUCGUGUCCACGCUGCAACAGCAUAGACACAAAAUUCUGUUACUACAACAACUACAAUGUCAAUCAGCCACGCUAUUUCUGCAAGGCGUGUCAGAGAUACUGGACUGCAGGAGGAACCAUGAGGAAUGUUCCAGUCGGAGCAGGGAGAAGAAAGAACAAGAACAACUCUUCCUCUCAUUAUCGACACAUCACGAUUUCUGAGGCACUUCAAGCAGCUAGAGUUGUUGCUCCGAAUGGAACUCAUCAUCUUUCAAAUUUAAAAACCAAUGGUAGAAUCCUCAGCUUUGGAUUGGAUCAUCCACAAAUUUGUGAUUCAUUGGAAAAUGUCUUCAACCCUGCAGAGAAAAAAGGUCUUAACAGCACUCGAAAUAGCGAGUUUCAUAGCAUUGAAGGAACAAAGAUUCCGGUUAGUAGGAGUCAAAAUGAUGGUCACAACUCAAGUGCAUCUUCUAAAACAGUUGCAAAUUCUAUCGAGGAAAGUGGCAAAACCAUGUCCCAAGAAUCAUUACCACAAAAAAAUAAUGGUUUCAUUCCUCAAGUUCCAUGCAUUACUAGUGUUCCUUGGCCUUAUCCUUGGAGUUCGACGAUUCCCUCUCCACCUGCUUUGUGUCCUCCAGGAUUUCCCAUGUCAUUCUACCCUGCUGCUUUUUGGAAUGUUCCUUGGUUUCCCUCUCAUCCAUCGGUUACAAAUCCAAUGUCUCUGAACUCUAGUCUGAAUUCUCCAACACUCGGGAAACACUUGAGGAAUGAUGAUAACGACGACAACUUAGCUAAACAAGACCAUUUACAAAAUGAAGAAUCACCAAAACAAAGAAAUGGGUCUGUUUUGGUUCCAAAAACGUUGAGAAUCGAUGAUCCAAGUGAAGCUGCAAAGAGUUCUAUAUGGGCAACACUUGGAAUUACAAAUGAAUGUGUGAGUGGGGGAGGUAUGACUAAGGCAUUUCAAUCAAAGAAAGAUGGAAAAAAACAUGUUGCUGAAACCUCUCCAAUGUUAAGGGCUAACCCUGCAGCUUUGGCUAGAUCCCUUAAUUUUCAUGAGAGCUCUUAAAUAAGAAAAACCCUUUUGUUUUGUGUUUGAGAAUUGAGGUUGGUCACUUCUUCUCUUCGGACAAUGACCAUCUUUCAUCAAUUGAUAUGAAGAGAAGUUUGGUAGUUUUAACACAAGAAAAGGGAACUAAUUUUGUCUAUCUUUUCAUGUGACACUAUGAAUAGAUGUCUUUUUUUUUUAUGCUCUUAGUUUGUUGAGUUUGAAUUGAUGUACAUAAAUCUAUGUUGAAAUAGUGGCUAGAGAUGGGAAAGAUCUUUAUUAUGUUCAAAAACUCUUGAGGUACUGUAUUUUCUUAUGAUAAAGGAAAAUGGGAUUUCAUUUUUA